AUGUCGGACGCGGAAGAGGUGAGCUUCGAACGCGCGGACGCGGGCGCGUCGCUGACGUACCCGCAGCAGGCCGGCGCAAUCAAAAAAAACGGCUUCUGCAUGCUGAAAGGCAACCCCUGCAAAGUGGUGGACUACUCGACGUCGAAGACGGGCAAACACGGCCACGCGAAGGCCCACAUCGUCGGCCUCGACAUCUUCACCGGCAAAAAGUACGAAGACAUUUGCCCCACUUCGCACAACAUGGAGGUGCCGAACGUGAAGCGUUCUGAGUUCCAGCUUAUCGACGUUUCCGACGACGGCUUCGUGUCUUUGCUGCUGGACAACGGCGACUUGAAGAGCGACUUGACGCUGCCCAAGGACUCCGACGGCAACCUCGACGAGGUUGCGCUGCAGGUCAAGAGCCUCUUCCAGGAGGGCAAGGGCGUUCUCGUCAGCGUCCUCGCGGCCUGCGGCAAGGAGAAGAUCGUCGCCUGCAAGGAGCUCUGA